AUGCUGAGCUGGAGAACCCUUCCGUUCCUGACACCCAAACAGCUGUACAGAGCUCCCUGUCUGUCUUUUCAGGUUCUUGGCUCUCAGGCAAUGUCUUGGAAGGAGAGGGAUGUGGCACCACCCCUGGGCUGCAUCCGCUGCCUGGAUCAUCUGGUGAUGACUGUGAAAAGCAUCGAGGACACAGCAGCCUUCUACUCUCGAGUUCUUGGCAUGGAAGUCGUCACCUUUAAGGAAAACCGCAAAGCCUUGCAUUUUGGGAACCAGAAGUUUAACCUCCAUGAAGCAGGGAAGGAGUUUGAGCCCAAGGCCCACCAGCCAGUUCCAGGCUGCCUGGACAUCUGCCUCAUCACAGAGAUGCCCCUGGAGCAGCUGAUGGGGCACUUGAAGGCCUGUGGGGUGAAAAUUGAAGAAGGCCCUGUACUCAGAACUGGCGCAGUUGGUCCAAUCACAUCUGUUUACUUCCGAGACCCAGACCAGAACCUGAUUGAGGUCAGCAACUACAGCACUCUUACAAGAAAGUAA